AUGACUUUAUCUGCUUGCGAUAUAGACCCAUGGGAUUUGCCUACGCGUGAAUUGCACGAUGUCAGCGUCUAUACAGCCUUGGUACCUUCUACCAGGCUCGCGGUUGCCAAUUUUGCCUCCGCUCUUAUGUUAACCAUCCAAUACACGCCCCUCAGUCUUGCAAAUACCGAAAUGGAGAACUUCAGCAACGGUCAAUAUUAUGACAAGUCUCAGGAGGACUCCCAGUAUCCAGAAGGAUUCCAGUAUCCGGAUCCCACCAACUUGAGCGCCGAAACUUUUCCAGAGUAUCCGCAUAUGUCUGCACAGAUCUAUCCACCCUACAGUACUUUGGCAUUCUCUGAAGUCCCGUAUGGAUACGGAUACGGAUAUUCUGACUCAGACAUGGCUCCACCGGGGAUUUCUGACUCAUCCAUGAAUCCCCCUAGGACUACUGUUCACCCGUCCGUCAGUGCAUUCCAUCCAAUCGAUUCUGAUCCGCAAUCAGGGUCGCAGAAUGGCUGGGAUUCACAGACCACCGCCUUCGACUUCUUCUCUGAUAAAUCAGUUGCCUCGCAGUACGUUCAAUCAAGGGUUGGCAAUCAUCAGGAUGUGGGUGGAACACCGCAACAAUCCCCUGGAUCCGACGGGAAUCGAUUCGUCGCGAUCGCACCUAAGCCAACUACGAGUCCGGAUAUGGUAGGCAAGGGAGACAUGUGGGGUAUUAAAGUGGGUCAGCCGGAUGAUCUGCAGUUCCGGCAGAACAUGCGAGUCGUCAUUGCUAGCGGAGAAAUUGGCUGUGUUGAUCCAAAACACCCGGACAACACAAAGAUCCACUACAAGAUCUGCGGGGGUGAAAUGAAGUUUGGCAAGAAGUGCGGGGCAGUCCUUGUCGCGUUAAGCGAUAGUCCUCAGGUAGAAGAUUGGCUUAACGAGGCACCAUGCUCCAAGUGUACUAAGCGGACGAGCAUAGGCGUCACUCGUGCCAUCGAGAAGGAAAGGAAAAGAGCACAACACGAGCGGGAAGGUUCGGGAGAUUGAUCAAAGGGAGAUAGCGUCAGGAUGGGAUGAUAUCGCUUGGGAACACUAGCAGAUUAGGUGUGCUGUAUGGG